AUGGAAAACACACCGGAACAAUGGUACAAGAACUUACCCAUUUUAACGCGUGUGUUGCUUACCGUCAUCUUUGGCGUCACCGUCCUCGUGCAGCUGGAGUUCCUGAACCCGGGGCUUUUGUUCCUCAACUGGCCCAUGAUCAUUAACAAGCUGCAGGUUUGGCGAUUGCUGACACCCGCACUUUUCUUUGGCACGUUCAGUUUCCAGUUCUUGUUGCAGAUGUACUUCUUCACGUCCUUCUCGUCAAAGUUGGAACAGAACGAGGUUUUCUCGCAGCCUGGGGACUACCUUUUCUUCCUUCUCGCGCAGAUCUUGCUCCUCGAUGUCAUAUCUUUGGCAUUGAUGUGGCCGAGCGGUUUCCCUACCUUGGGACCUCCCCUGGUCUUCGCAAUUCUAUAUUACUGGAGCCGCCGCGAACCCUACGCCAGACUUAGCUUCUUCAGCUUCACCAUCCAGGGUUACCAGUUCCCAUUCGCGCUGAUCUUCUUUCAGUUGCUGAUAGGCGGAAACAUUUGGAUGGACUUGCUGGGGUUGGCUUCCGGCCACAUCUACUAUUUCCUAGCAGAGGUCGUGCCACAAGAGUACGGAUAUGUCCUGGUGAAAACUCCGGCCUUCUUGUCCAACUUCAUGGCAAGAUAUACUGCUCAAGGAGUUGCAGCGAACCGGGCGGCAGCACCAGCACGGCCCCAACCCACCAACUUCGGGGGCGGAGGCCAGCGGCUGGGUGGCAACUGA